AUGAAGACGCCCAGCUUCCUUCUGGCCCUUGUUGCCCCCGGCCUCAUGGCUUCGCCGCUCGCGACCGACAAGGCGACCCCGACAACGCUCGUCACCACGCCGACGACGACGCCCAAGGCGGGAGGCUAUAACUGGGCCGAGGGAUGGCAGGCAUCGUUCCCCAUUCACUCCUCCUGCAACAGCACGCUGCGUGCCCAGCUCCAAGGCGGCCUCGACGACGCCGUGCAGUUGGCCCAACACGCCCGGAACCACCUGCUCCGCUUCGGCGGCAAGUCGGACAUCGUCAAGCGGUAUUUCGGAAACGGCACCCUGGCGGAGCCCAUCGGCUGGUUUGAUCGAAUCGUCGCCGCGGACAAGGGAGUCAUGACCUUUCGCUGCGAUGACCCCGACGGGGUCUGCGCGUCGAUGCCAACUUGGGGAGGUCAUUACCGUGGAAAGAACGCGACCGAGGAAACUGUCAUCUGUCCCCUGUCCUUCCAGCUGCGGCGAUCGCUCUCGUCGACCUGCAACCUGGGCUACACGGUGGCCGGAUCUCCGCUCAACACCAUCUGGGCCGUCGACCUCCUUCAUCGAAUGUUUCACGUGCCAACGAUCAACGAGAAUGUGGUGGACCACUUCGCGGACGGCUACGACGAGAUCCUGGCCCUGGCUAAGAAGGACCCGGCUAAGACCGCCAGAGAUAGCAACGCGCUCCAGUAUUUUGCGAUCGAUGUUUGGGCCUACGACGUUGCGGCUCCAGGAGUCGGCUGCACUGGCAAGGCGAAACCAAAGGCCUAG